AUGGCGACGGUGUGCCGCAACAAUACAAUGGACAGCCCGACGCUUCCGGGCGAAGAGAGCCACGACGCUGAAUUCGGUGGUUUGUGUCUCCGCCAGACCAAAGAUCUCGUCAACUUCGAAGUUCGGCAUCAAGGGUCGCCGAGGAGCAGAGACACGAUCGGAAAAGGCAGCCGUGUCUCUGCCACAACUAUGAAGAAGGCCCGCGACGAUUCGCAAUUGUCAAUGUGCGCUCAACGGGUUGAACUGGUUCCCCCUCGCCAUGUGAGUCUCCGCAGCCUCCGGCACCACCGGACUAUUCAAAUCAUGAGGCUGCUACGCGCAAACGGAGCGUUCCCGGUCGAGUCGCUCACCAAUUUGUCGUUGGCCGCCACUGCCGCCAAACUUGAACGCGUCCUGACCAGAUCCUUUCCUGAAAAGACGAUCCUUCGAAACGACGAAACGAUGGAGCUGCGACUACGUCAUGUGAUCAAGUGCAUUCUGGGAACCAAAUGGUCGUCGAGCGCCCAGCGCCGCCCGAGUGUGUCCGAAUAGAACGUCCAAACAACACAUAACGUUAUAAUGUUAUUGGCUUCGCACACCUCGC